AUGGAGGUUGAGAGUGAGAUUGAAGCUUAUGAUUCCGUGGCCAUCGUCGGCGAGAUGCCUCCAGAUCAACCCCCCCUCAACUGCGCCUACAACCGUGACGAUGUCGUCGCUGGCCUUACUCAAUACUAUUCGGCUCUCACGCGCCUCGCCUACAUUCCAUCAUCAUACGUCGACUUCCCACCGCCAGGAGGCUGGACAGACGCCGAUCUAGAUAUCGGCGCCCUGCGCGCUCUGCGACGCUCUGAGGUCGUUAUCGACCUGCUGCGCCAUCUCCCCUACGCCAGACCGAUGCACGACGGACCUCGUCCGGGCCCCUGGAACGUCGCACCACAAACCAAGGCUGUGCGCUACCUCCGUCACAUGGGACACUUCAGUCAGUGGUCCGAUCGCGGCGACGCGGGGCUUCAUGAGCUUGCUGCCCUUCCCACGCGCGACACGGGAGCCGCUCCGAUGGAUUUGCCGCCGGAUGUUGUCUGCCUCACGUAUGGAGAGUACCGUUCUUCCAGUUCGCGCACGAAGCCUUACUGGUGGAUCAUAGACUGCAGCCGAGGUAUCCUCACGCCGUACGAGGAGAACCUCUACACUGUUGGAAAGGUCCCGCGUAACAAGCCGUGGCGGUGUGUACGGUCGUACUCUGUUACAGAUUACUUCUCUCAGCUUGUGUCAAGCUUAGGUGUUCAGCUGUUCCCCGUGCCGCCGACCGAGGACGACGACGCUGAGAUCCUCGACCCGAGCGCUCUCGCCAAGUCGUCGGAGCCGGUGGACAUCUACAGCGCUCACGGCUGGGGCACUGGCGACCUCGCAGACUUCAAGCACGACGAGUGCAUCGUCGCGCUCCAGGGCUGGCGGCGCCGGGUACACGAGGCAGAACAGAGAAAGAUUGCUCAGGACGUUGACGACGCAGACGAUGAGGACUUUGAGAUGGACGACAGUGAUGACGAUGAGGAUGCGGCGCACGAGGGAGAAGCGGGCGACGGACUUGCUGAUGCCGUGGCGGAUAUGGAGAUGGAUGAUUUGAGUGCCGAAGCUGCUGCUCUGAGAGCCGAUAUGAGCCCAGAGGAGCGUGCAAAGUUUGAUUGCAGACAGACGCAGUCGCACUUUGAGUGGAUCGACGAGGAAUGA